AACACAGAGAAUCAUUUAUCAGGAUGUCGGGAACCAGAGCAAUUUUCACUUUACAAACUGUAACAGGUCAGCAGCCCCAUUUUACGUGCACCGUUUUCAAUUGUAUCCUGAUCCAAUCAAUCUCCGAGAGCGGAUUUUCCUAAUAAUGGAGUUUAAUCUGGAGAGAGAUGUUGGACAAGACGGCAACAGAAUAGAUGUUGAUUUAAAUUGGAGACUGAAAACUGAUAGAGGCUACACGGAACUGUGUGACAUUAUAGGUGAAUAUUAUUGCCAUUUGAAUGACUUGUGUGCAGAACUUGAAAGACUAAUGAAACACAAUAAAUGUCCACCAUUUAUGAUGGAGAAGUAUGACAACAAUUGUUCGUGCCCUUUCUUAAAGAACGAGUACAAAGUACCGUCAGUACCAAUUAUUAUUCCCAAACCACUUCCAAUAGAACUCAGAGGUACCUUCGACCUUACAGUGAAAUUACAAGAGCAAGGUACACAUGUGGGCUGUAUCCAAGUGGAGUUUUGUAUCACUGACUGCAAACCUUUGGGAGGAUAAUACCGUAAGCUUCCUGGCAAAAUCAGCAAAUUGCAUCUUUUCAUAUUUAUGGCUUUAAUGUGAACGAUCCCGUAAGGGAACUUAAAAUAAUGUAUACCAAACUGGUUUGAAAGUAUAUCGUAUAACUAAAAACAUCUGAACAACUUUACGCUUAAAAUUGAUCUUUAAUGAUGCACUUGACUUUUUGAUAGAACUAGUUUGAAACAACAAAUGGAUAAACAAAUUCAUUUGAUAAUUUGUUUGAAAGAUUUUGUGAUUUUGUAAACAUAUGCAAUGAACUUUGUUUAGUCAUUCAGAGAUAUAUAAUUUAAACAUCAGAUACAUCUCAAGCAAUACCCAGCAUUGCUAUCAAAAAAUGUAUUGGAUCUCUCCCUUAGCUGCAUAAUCUACAAUAUCCCUAUUUUUCAAUGAUUGUUGCAGAUAUAUUUAUUUAUAGAACUUUGACCCCGAUAAUUAAAAUGGCUACCUUUUUUGUCAAGUAAGGUAAAUAUACAACCACGUCUGGUCUUUAUCAAAGUGUAUUGAAAUCAUUAUAACAUACUCAUUAUAUUUUAUCGUAUGUUACGAAAUGAAUCACCUAUUUUUACCAUUAACAAACAUUUAUUGUGGAAUUAAGACCU